AGGGCUCCCCUGCAGUCCACACCCACACAGAGACACGUCGGAGACGUACACCGGCACACAAACACACACACUGCACGCUCAGGCCUGCCGCCUGCGCACACGCUGCGAUCGAAAUGGUUGGUGCCAGCGCUAGACCAUCUGCAGGCCGGGACGGGGGCCCGGAGACGGCGCUCCCGAAGCUGCAGCUGCUGCCAUGUUGGCUUGACGGAGCGGUAGUGAAGCUCGUCGCGGCCGAUGGCGACGGUGACGACCUCCUCGCCGGUUCAGCGUCGUCAGGGAAGCGGCGGCCGACGGCGCAGGCUGCCGCUGGCCUUGCGCGCGGCGUGAAGGCGUUGCUGAGCGAGGUGGCCGAGAUGAUCAGGACCAAGUUCGGGCGCUCGAUCCCGGCGGCCAAGUUCGGCCAUGUCGCCUACAUCAGAUGAAGCCUUCCUGUUGUGCCUGAUCUUGGCGCGCGUCGCGUCCUCGUGCUCUGCUCUCCUUGACGUGAUGACGUCAGUGGCCUCCCUGCCAGUUUCGGCACGGAUACGCUGCUGUGGUAGCUUCCUUAACUUUCUCUACUCUGCUUCCAGCACUGCAGAUAUGUAUAUCUGGUGGCUUUUGAUCUAGCAGUGAUUACUGCAGCAGUUACUAGCACUAUCUCCUUCUCCUGGAAAGGUUUGAACUGAAGAUAUUUUCGUCCGUCCGAUCUGCCGCUAGAUUCACGAAGCAUGGACGCUGAAUAUCGACGCCUCCUCAUUCCUCUUCUGAUCGACACCUACAGGCUACAGAAACAGUUACGCUUGCGUGGCGUGACGGCCAUUUCCUUGAGAUGAAGCUUGCCGCUUGCCGGCCCGAAACAGUUACGCUGAUGCUUACAUCUCUCGGCAUUUAUGCGUUGCCCAUGAAGUAGAAUGAGUCUAAAAUGAUUGUAG